CACAAAUGAUUUAUCAAGAAAUUAGUUUUCUAUUUUUAUAAGUUCAAAGCCCUUGGCCACAUUACCCAACCGACCAAACCCACUAAAAGUGGCCAGCAACGCGCGCCGAUUGCGUCUAAGUGGCAACUCCGGCGGAACGUUGCCGAGCUGCGAAACUGUGCAAAAGCAAAACGAAGAGAACGCAGCGCAGCCGAAAAAAAUUGAAGCAGCACUGCACGCGAUAUAUUUUGUAUUUUCAAAGGUUAAAGCCGCAUUAAAAAGCAUCCGCUAAGCGCAAACGAAGUGCAAAAGUGCCGGCCAGCCACACCAUUUAGCAGCCGCAAAGCAAAAGACUGAUUUAAUUACAAGGAAUUAAGAGCAGGAACGCGAGGAUUCUGCCACUGCACACUGAAUUGUACCCUAGAUAACACGGCAAACUGCAGUCGACGGGGAAAAGUCGGGAGUUGAAGGCUGGGCAGCAGCAGCAUCAGCAGGAGGGACGGACGGCGAAGAACCACCAAAACAAAGCGGAAAAACCAGGAGGCCCCACGACCAGCAACAUGGAAGAUCUUCUCGUGGAAGUUCGGCUCGACAAUGGCGCCUACUACAAGGGCCAGGUGACAGCUGUUGGCGAUGAUGGCAUCUUUGUGGAUGUGGACGGCGUGCCCGAGGUGAUGAAAUAUCCAUUUGUGAAUGUUCGCCUGCCGCCCGAGGAAACCGUGGAGGUGGCCGCUCCGAUAUUCGAAGAGGGCAUGGAGGUGGAGGUGUUCACGCGCACGAACGAGCGCGAAACCUGCGGCUGGUGGGUGGCCAUCAUCAAAAUGCUCAAAGCGGACAUCUGCGCGGUCGCAUACAUAGGUUUUGAGACGCCCUACACCGAAAUCUGCGAACUGGGGCGUCUGCGCGCCAAAAACUCGAAUCCGCCAAUUACAGCCAAAUCCUUCUAUCAGUUUACGCUGCCCGUUCCCGAGGAGUUGCGCGAAGAAGCCCAGAAGGAUGGCAUACACAAGGAGUUUCAGCGCACAAUCGAUGCCGGCGUCUGCAACUACAGUCGCGAUCUGGACGCCCUGAUCGUCAUCUCCAAGUGGGAGCACACUCAGAAGCGCGCCAGCAUGCUCAAGGAUAUGCAUUUUCGUAAUCUCUCACAGAAGGUUAUGCUGUUGAAAAGGACUGAAGAAGCUGCCCGUCAGCUCGAAACGACUAAACUAAUGAGCCGUGGAAACUACGUUGAAGAGUUCCGUGUGCGUGACGAUCUCAUGGGCUUGGCCAUUGGCUCGCAUGGCUCGAAUAUACAAGCGGCACGCACGCUGGUCGGCGUUACCAACAUCGAGCUGGAGGAGAAGUCCUGCACAUUCAAGAUCAGCGGAGAGACCGAGGAGUCCGUGCAGCGUGCCCGCGCCAUGCUCGAAUACGCCGAGGAGUUCUUCCAGGUGCCCAGGGAGCUGGUGGGCAAGGUGAUCGGCAAGAACGGGCGCAUCAUCCAGGAGAUUGUGGACAAGAGUGGCGUGUUUCGAAUCAAGGUGAGUGCUAUCGCUGGCGACGACGAGCAGGAUCAGAAUAUCCCACGUGAGCUGGCGCACGUACCCUUUGUGUUCAUUGGCACCGUGGAGAGCAUUGCGAAUGCCAAAGUGCUGUUGGAGUAUCAUCUGUCGCAUCUGAAGGAAGUGGAACAGCUGCGCCAGGAGAAACUGGAGAUCGAUCAGCAGCUUCGCGCCAUCCAAGAAUCCUCCAUGGGCUCCACACAGAGCUUCCCAGUCACGCGACGUUCUGAACGCGGCUACAGCAGCGACAUUGAGUCUGUGCGCUCAAUGCGCGGCGGUGGCGGCGGUCAGCGUGGUCGCGGACGUGGACGUGGUGGCGGUGGUCCUGGUGGCGGCAACGGUCUGAAUCAGCGCUACCACAACAAUCGCCGCGAUGAGGACGACUACAAUUCGCGGGGAGAUCAUCAGCGCGACCAGCAGCGUGGCUACAACGAUCGCGGUAGCGGCGACAACAGCGGCAACUAUCGCGGUGGUGCUGGCGGUGCCGGCAACAACAGGCGCGGAGGCGUCAACCGCCGGCCGCCACGCAACGAGCAGCAGAACGGCAGGGACUAUCAGCACCACAACCACACCGCCGAGGAGGUGCGGGAGACCCGAGAAGUGAGCAGUGUGGAGAGAGCGGACAGUAACUCAUCGUACGAGGGCAGCUCGAGGAGGCGCAGAAGGCAGAAGAACAACAAUGGGCCCAGUAACACAAACGGAGCGGUGGCCAACAACAACAACAAACCCCAGUCGGCGCAGCAGCCACAACAACAACAACCGCAGCCGCCGGCGCCUGUGAACAAGGCGGCACUGAAUGCCGGAGAUGCCAGCAAACAGAACAGCGGCAAUGCGAACGCCGCUGGCGGUGCGAGCAAGCCGAAGGAUGCCUCACGCAACGGCGACAAGCAGCAGGCGGGCACACAGCAGCAGCAACAGCAGCAACCAUCGCAGGUACAGCAGCAACCACAGGCGCCACAGCAGCAACAGCAGCCGAAGCCGCGACGUAACAACAAGAAUCGCAGCAACAACCACACGGACCAGCCUACCGGCCAGCAGCAGCUGACGGAGAAUGUCAAAAAAGAGGGCCUGGUCAAUGGCACGUCCUAAGCCAAGUGGGCGAACUAACAGAUGGGAAGAACAACAUGAACACAAAUUGCACAUUGUUGAAUGGAGUAACAAUGUUGUAUGCGCAGCGGGGGCAGUCUAAUAUUCAUGUUAAUGUCAUUGAAUAUUACCGCCACAUAACACAAGAAACAACUCCCACAACAACAACACAUCCAAGCAACAGCAGACACUAGAACAACAACAACAUUAGCCAGAACAUCAGUCACUAACAAAUUGUUUGAGAUACUAUAUGAGUAACUAAAAAAAGGAAACGAAAAAUUAAAAUACAUGAAAUAUGUAACAAAUGUAAAAGCAUAUACUAACACACAUACAGAUACACUCACACACACACAGUUCGAAUUAUACACAAAAAGAAAAACAAGAAAUAAAAGAAAAUUCAUGCCUAGGCUUAUAAUUUGAAUUGAAACUGAAAAAGCUUCAAUAACAAUCAAAAUGAAUUAUAUUUAUGUAUAAAACAAAUUCAAAGGCAAUUUAUUAACAAGCAAAACGAACGAAUCGAAAGGGAAACAUUAAAUAUGUAAACUAAAACUUUAACUCUAAUCCGGGCAAUUAGCGUAGUUUUUCGAAAAGAAAACCUGACGAAACGGGUGCUUCUAAAGCGCCCAUUGCGUCGACUUGAAAAGUUUCUAGUUAUAUGCAUAUUAUAAUAAAACGAGAAUAAUAUAAUUGCAUUUUUUGUUUUGGUUAAAUUAAUUUUAAAUGAGUCUAUCUGUUUUUUGUGUAUAAUUCGUGCAUGCAACAACUUAAUCGCCAAGCAGGUUUUUCAAUUUUACCAUCAUUUUUGUAUUAUUAUUGUUUAGUUUAUCAUUGUAAAUGCCAUGGCGCGUUUAGAUGUUGCUUAUAAAAUUUAACAAAGUAAACGAACGCGGCUCCAGACAAAAGCCAAGACAAACAAGUUGAAUUGCAGGUGUAUGUUGGAAAUGAACAUGUUCGUCUUGAGCUUUUGCAGCGUUUCAUUGUUUAUUUUGUUCGUUACAACAUGGAAAUCCUCUCUUAUUUGUAUAAUGUUGUAUUUAUGUACUAUUAUUAACACAUCCCCACACACACACCACACUCACCCGCAUACACCAUAAAAAUACACUAACGUCAACUCUCACAUACACGCUCGCUCAUACAAACAAGAAGGAAAACGCAUUGAAUUUGAUUUUGUUUUAUAAAUAUAUAAUUUACUUCACCAAACCUACAAAGCGUAUACUAACUUAGUCCUCUAUUAAAUACUCUUAAAUUAUUUAACGCUAGUAACGUGCAGCGUCGAGAGCAUUAAACACAAUCAUCGAGAAAUGCGGAACAUUUGAAUGAAACCAUAAUAGAGAAGCCCCUAACAUAAUUUAAAUUAGUUCAAGCAAGCAGAUCACAUCAACUAAGGAAUAUAAAUACAAUGUAAAGCCACCAUAAACCAUUUAAGAACAAACAACAAGAAGCAAAACAGAACAACUCUUCUCUCUUAUUUGGAAGAACAGUGUCAAUAAUAUGUAAGAAAAGCAACAACACAUUUUAACAUACAUUAAAGAAGGAGAUAACGAUAACGGUACCGAUAAAGAUAAAUCUAAAUAAUGUUGUGUAAUUCAAAUUAAAUAAAAACAAAAAUCCAACAAAAACAAAA